GAUAAUAACAAGAUGGGUGUUCUUUACUCUGGUUCGGUUUACGCGUCUUCUUGAUUUUUGAUUUUUGGAAUUUCUGUUUCUCUCAUCUGUAUCUCCAUACCCGUCUGGCGAGUGGUUUCGAAGCCAGUUCUCCUUCAUUCCUCCUCCCAUCCAAGCAUUCAUUCACAAAAAGGAGGUUUGUAAGAUUAGCCAGCCAUUCUAUCAUACACGUCAAGACCGCCGUCUAUCUUGACCAAAAAGACCUCCUUCAAAACCGAUAAUCCAUCUGCCCACAAUGCGACCCACCAGCACCACCACCACCCUCGCUCUAGCAGCAACCCUCCUCACCACCCCCAUCCUCGCCCAACAAACCGCCCCAACCUCCGCCAAACGCGGUCUCGCAUACGUCGAAACCAGCGAAUCCUCCGACGACCACUACUGGACAUCCGGAGAUCUCACCUGGUACUACAACUGGUCACCCACACCCAACAGCACCUUUGACAACACUCCCCUCCAAUUCGUCCCGAUGCUCUUCGGCGGAGACUCCUCCUCCUCUUCAUCUUCAACCUCUUUCUCCACCCAAAUCAAAUCCCUCAUCUCCUCCGGCCGCAACAUCACCUGGAUUCUCGGCUUCAACGAACCCGACGGCUGUUCAGGAAGUAGUUACGGUUCCUCCUGCCUCGACGCACAAACCGCCUCAGAAAUCUGGAUCCGCGAACUCGAACCCUUAAAAACUGAAUUCCCAUACUUACAACUCGGUGCUCCCGCCGUAACGUCUGCUCCGACGGGUUUUACAUGGCUGCAAAAUUUUUUCUCGGCGUGCGCGGGAAAGUGUCGAGCGGAUUUUAUUCCGGUGCAUUAUUAUGGGGAUUUUGAAGGGUUUGCGUCCCAUGUGGGACAGGUGAAUGCGACGUAUGCGAAUAUGAGUAUGUGGGUGACGGAGUGGGCGUUUCCCGAGGAGAAGUUGGAGGAGACGCAGGAUUUUUAUAAUCAGAGUAUUGCGUUUUUGGAUCGGGUGGAAUACAUCACCCACUACAGCUACUUUGGCGGAUUCCGCUCCUCCGUGUCCAACGUAGGACCCAAUUCGGCACUAUUGACGCAAAAGGGAGAACUCACAGAUAUGGGAGCGUGGUAUUUGGGUGAGGCGGCGACGGGAAAUGUACCCAAGGGAGAUGCUUCGACGCGUGGAGUGGCUGGCAGCAGGUUUACGGGAUCGGUGCUGCUCGUUAUUGUUGCUGCGGUGUGGUGUAUGGGAUGAGAGAGAGAGAUUUGACAUGAGAGAGAGAGAGAGUGAGUGAGAGUGUGUGGGAUGAUGGGAGAUUUCUUUUUUGGCGGGAGGGAUGCGAGAGCGAGAUUCACGAUGUGACGAACUGUUAUAAGAAUAGCAUAGUGCAUGCGGUGUUGGGUUACAUAUAGAGAUCUGGUUUGGCUUUUUUGUACAGUACAUGUACCUACAGAUGCAGCACAGCACGUGCAGGAUUUGGGGACAAGUAUUAGACCAUGACGAAAAUGCAUCCAUGAACAUGAUGGAAGAAUCAACAUGUUUCUCAAUCUCACACACUCUCACACAUGUAAAAAUGGUAGAUAUCACGGACGUCACGUGACACCAGUCGAAGCGGCAUCGGGCGAGUAGGACAGCAUUUAGAGCAACUCACCAUACCUGACAUUUGCACAGCUCUACCCAGACAUGGACGUUGUAGUCAUUCAGUCGUCCCUGUCGUCGGCGGCCCCAUGCUCUUGCAGACUCGACUGUUUCGCCAGAUUGAAAAGGUUCGGAAAACGGUAUCCCGAAUGACCACAGCACAAGUCGAACUGGCGCAUAUUUCAGAUUCAGCAGUGGUGGGUCUCAUCGACGUCGGUGUGCUGAAUGAAUGUGCAAUCGACACGGAGUUGUACAAUUGUUUUCUCUGAUCAUUGUUGUUUUGGGCUCGCAAAUUUCAGAGAGUGGAGUUUAGUGGACCUGUGAUAAAAGGAAGGCUUUCGCAGAUGGUCGGAGAUGAUGGCCAGGCUCGGCGGUAGGUCCGCAUUGUUCUGAUGACAUUUGUACGCUGACAAUUGAAGACAAGAUCCAGCUGAGAUCCGAAGGUAUCCUUUGUCGUGCUCUUCAUAUGGUGAGGUCAGGCAUCGAUCCACAGAUGGGUAUGAUUUGAGAUGUUGGAAUAGUUUCAGCCGCAACUGCGGCGUACACAAAGGACGAGAUACGGUCGGUAUUCUAUGCAGUGGCAUCCAUAUCCUGUAAAAUGAUGAUGCGCCACACCAAAGUGCAGCAGGAGAAGCUCGUAUUAUUGGGCACGAGAAUGAUGGUCGUGGUGCGUAUUCAUGUGAUGGCGGAGUGGUGUGGGGCGAGGAUGCAGCACGGGCGCAGGAGAGGGGCGGGAGAGGCUUGGUGGAGGCGGCAUCGAGGGUUUUCCGGGCGUGCGCAAAGUUGAGGCACAGCUCACAUCGGCUGAACUCGGGCAGGCCAGUGUCGACGUUUACGUGCGCAGGCCAUGCUGGCGCUAUUUGUUUUCACGAUCGUGGGCACUGGGCAGAGCGUGUGCAGCCCGGUUGACAGGUCGGGUAGUACGUCUGAUGUGCCGCGGGCGGCGUCGACUCGGAAAGGUUCCUGGCGGUGGGGGAACAGAGUCUCAGAGAGGGACCAAGGACAGUCCGUGGGUGGUCAGGUCACACAGUCAGGCGUGUCGGUGAUCAUGGAUGCCAAGUGUCAGAUGCAGCGUAGCGUAGUCAUCAUCGUCAGUGCGCUGAGGGCGGUAUUGGCUUGGAACAUCUUGGAGAAGCCAAGAUCAGGAUGCGGAUCAGUCGAUGGGCGUGGGCGGUGGUGGUGGUGGGUGAUGAGCGAUGCCAAAUGCGCAGUU